UGCCGUCCUCCACAGAUCUAGAGUGUAAAUGUAAAAAACAAAGCACUGAGACAUAAAGAAGUCCUCUGCCUCAACUCAACGCUGUGAACUACAGCUCCCAUCAUGCAUUGCGCUCCAAGCAGGAAGAGCGUUGUCUCGCAGGAGGCUCACACUGAUCCAAGUUAGGAGCUUUCAGCUGCCAGCCUUGGCCCAUCAUGUAAGAGCUGCGGAGGAUUCUUUGCAGUGCAUUUGCAGAAUAACCUCCUUCCAGACGCCUGCAGGAGGCCGUGCACUGCAACCGUCGCUCUGUGCACGGACACGCACGCUGCGCACGCAAAAAGGCUCCAAGUGCAUGAAGAUCGAGGCUUGUAUUUUGCAUCUUUUGUUGCAAAAGCAAAGCCGCUGAAGCUCCAGUGCUCGGUGCGAUGGAGGGAGGGAGUGAGAAAGAAGGCAGCAAAGUCUUUUGUGCUUCCCCUCCCCCUCAUCAAAGCAAAGGGGAAAUGUCUCAGCCAAAGGGAGGUAAGAGGAAGCUCAAGCUCCCCAAGGAGGUGUUUGAGCAGCCUCCUCCCGCCGCAGUACCCCCCAGAGAUUUGGAUUCGAAAGCUUGUGUAACCAUCGGAGAGAAGAACUUCGAGGUGAAGGCGGAUGACCUGGAGCAGAUCUGCGAGCUCGGCCGAGGAGCGUACGGCGUGGUGGACAAGAUGAGGCACGUGCCCAGCGGCCUGAUCAUGGCUGUGAAGCGGAUUCGGGCCACAGUGAACACUCAGGAGCAGAAGAGGCUGCUGAUGGAUCUGGACAUCUCCAUGAGGACCGUGGACUGUUACUACACCGUCACCUUCUACGGAGCGCUGUUCAGAGAGGGCGACGUGUGGAUCUGCAUGGAGCUGAUGGACACCUCCCUCGACAAGUUCUACAAGCAGGUGAUCGAGAAGGGCAUGAGCAUCCCCGAGGACAUCCUGGGGAAGAUCGCCGUCUCGAUAGUAAAAGCUCUGGAGCAUCUGCACAGCAAUCUGCAAGUCAUCCACAGAGAUGUGAAGCCCUCCAACGUGCUGAUCAACACGCAGGGCCAGGUGAAGAUGUGCGAUUUCGGCAUCAGCGGCUACCUGGUCGACUCUGUGGCUAAAACCAUGGACGCUGGCUGCAAACCCUACAUGGCGCCGGAGAGGAUCAACCCCGAGACGAACCAGAAAGGCUACAGCGUCAAGUCUGACAUCUGGAGUUUAGGAAUCACCAUGAUCGAGCUCGCCAUCCUGCGCUUCCCGUACGACUCGUGGGGAACGCCGUUCCAGCAGCUGAAGCAGGUGGUGGAAGAACCUUCGCCCCAGCUUCCUGCCGACCAGUUCUCCCCCGACUUCGUGGACUUCUCCUCUCUGUGCUUAAAGAAAGUUUCCAAAGAGCGGCCGACUUACACAGAACUCAUGCAACAUCCCUUCUUCACCUCCCACGAGGCCAAAGAAACCGACGUGGCUACCUUUGUGAAAGUCAUCUUGGGGGACUGAGUCGUCGCCACACUCGCACAGGGACGGAGUGAAGAUCUGUUAUGAAGAGAAAAAAAAAUACAAAAAGCAACCAAUCACAGCCCCCCGUUACCUGCAGGACCCCCCGCACCCCCACCCUGCCUGCUCUCACCCCUCCCUCCAGAAACCGACGGAGCCCCGAGGAGAGGCUGGCGAAGCGGAGCGAGGAGUUUGUCCCCGCCCCCCCACCUGGCUCUCCAUGUCUCUCUGUACGUCACCUGACAUGGGAGGGGGGGUGGGGGCGACGGCGGCGGCCUCGCACCUAAUCUGGAAUAAUUUAACAUGUCUGUAUGCAAAACCACCCUCCCUACAUCUGUCCCACCUCCGUGCACCGCCUACUACUCAAACAUUCAGCGAGGCGACCGGUCGGCCCGUCGGCUCGUCGUUGUCACGGUCAAACUUCUUUUAGCUGAAGAGUGAAAAGAGGUGCAGAUUAUAUAUAUAUAUAUAUAAAAAAAAGAUGAAUGAUAUAAUGCUAUCUAUGUAUAAUCUAAAUGUUUGUAUACUCAAAGCAAGUGUUGCAUCGGUUUAUUAAUUGACUGCAUGUACAGAAUAUAUCUGAGGGUGAAAACAGGCUCAACGAGGAACAGUUGUAGAUUCAAGGCCCCUCCUAGUGGUCACUAACAGGUACUGCACCUCUACUGCUCUCCCCCUGAUCACAGCAGGUCGACACCUUUUGGGCUCUGGCUGCGUCUGUGUGUGUGUGCGUGUGUGUGCGUGCGUGUGUGUGUGUGUGUGUGUGUGUGCGCGCGCUUGUGUGUGCUUGUGUGUGUGCGUGGACGUUGUUGUGGGAGAAGAUUGCCCAUAUUCUCCUUGUUGUCUGUACUGAGCCAAUCACAACCCUCUCCACUCCGUGUUCAACAUGAAAAGAACUGGAUAUUAUUACUAUUAUUAUUAUUAUUAAUAUUAUAUUAAUUAUUGUUGUUAUUAUUUAGAUCCAGGUGCCCCCCCCCCCCAGACAUAUUUACUGCAGUUUCUCUUUAUUUAUUACAACUGCUGUUUUCCCUCUGGAGACGUUGAUCCAUCAGAGACGUCUCUCUCUCUCUCUCUGAGUGUUUGUUUUGUUUCUGUCGUGUUCUUCUUGGCUCAAACACGUAAAUGCUUUUAAACUGUAACUUGCCUUCUAUGUGCCUCUCUAUAGAACAGGAAUAUGUUGUUGUAGUCAGGAUGAUGCAGGGACACCUCUCCCAUCAUAUCCUCCCCCCUUCACGCUCACGCCGUCAUAAUUCCACUUCGUGUUUGCUUUCAUCACUUCCUCGCUUCUCUUUCUCGCGGUGGUUUCUGAUCGGCCGACGUAGAGCUCAGCUGACGCCUUCUAGUUGUUAUGCAAGUACUACUCUAAUGACAAACUUGAUACUGUAAGAGGCGGGAUGGCAGCGAUUUGUCACAGUGGGAUAAUUUACAUCAUCUUGUUGCCUAUAAAUAUUUUGUUACUGGGUUAUCACUUGAUUGUUUUCUGCGUUUGUGCCCGUCUGAAGUCCGUUAGCUUCGUUCUGUUAUGUUCAAGUUGUUUGACUUUAAAGGCUCAAUCUGUGAUUUACCAAACAAAAACAGUCUCACAGCAGUUUGUGAAAUAGUUCAUCUUUUUGAUUCGUGUACACGGACACCAAUUUAACUUUUUCUUCGUGACGCUCAGCACGCUUUCAACAACGUGUUUUUAGUGCGUUUUCAUGCAAAUGUCCAGCAACACAUGAUGCAUGUGUCAAUUUCCACUCCAGUCUUUCCAAAAUAAAACUACUCAGCUUAUCGACUUGGUUAGGAUUAGGCAACAAACUACUCAGUUAGGUUUAGGAAAGAUCGCGAUUUGAGUUGAAAUGACACCGGAAGUGGUGUAACUUAAGUACGGAAGUUACGUGACAAAUAAAUCAACUUUGACCUGUGGUUUCACGCGGGACAUGAACAGCGGUCUUCUGGGUGAAAGUCCAGAGUUUCUCUGCCUCGACUCAACGCUCCGCCUACAAAAUACCUCAUCAUGUUUUCUAACAGAAAAGGGCUCUAUAUUCUCUUUUAUCUCUGUUUUUGGUCUCCACCACCGACUCUUCUUUAGCUGCUAAAUGCUGCACUAUGUUCACCAGCUAGUCGCUAACUUUGUUUGUCUCCCGUUUGGUGCUAAACAGGAAGUGUAUUAGCUAUAGUUGGUAUAUCAGAACUUUGCUUGUUGAUGAGACCGAUGAGACUGAACCAAAACAGUAAAGUUUCAGAGCUGCAAAACCAAAACAAAGAGCUAAAAGAUGCUAAAACGCUCAGCAGAGUCAGAUGAUCUCUGUGGGUUUGUCAUUUGAGCCUUUGUUAAUAUAAAAAUAUUGAUUAGUGCAGCUUUAAGAAAUAGUUUUCUGAUGGCUCUUUUAACACGGCACAAAAAUAACCGGAUCAAUUUCUAAUCAUUUUCUUCAUCAUUAAAGCAACUUUGUGUACAACUUGAAUAUUUUUACCAUAGACGACAUCUUCAAAGACAGUAAAUAUAGUUGUAAUACACAAAACGAUUACAGAUUGGGCCUUUAACAGACUACAGCAGGUUGUUCUCUCUGUGGUUCAGUACCUUCAUGAGCAUUUUUUAUUUCUUGAGAAUAUUAUAUUCUGUUUUGUCGCUGUUCAAAACAAUCUCCUCCUUUUAUCCUCAGUCCAGUCCGCUCUGUCGUUUAAACGUGUUCACCAGUGAGUUUCCUGUUUUGUAGCAGACUUAACUUUCCUUUCACCCUUCACACCGUAAUCUGCUCCCUGCUGGGCUCAGGUCCCACGGCCUGUCGCUCGCUGUCCGCCAGGUAAAGCUCCUUAAAGCUCCUCACUAACAACUCAAACGUCUGGCCCAUAAACCAUCUCCCUCCUCCUCCGUUAGUUCCUCCCAUCACGUUUCACCACAGCCGGCUCUGCUGAAAGCAGAUGACACACGGUGGAUGUGAUUGCGUUUUACUUUCCUAACUCUUCCUUCGUAGUGAAGUUGAGUCAGAGGCGGCUGUCUGUCAGACAGAGCUCUUCGCCAGCCAGCCGCCGUAUUGAGGACGUUAAGGGCUCCCUCACUAGUGUGUUUCUGUGUCACAGAUGGAAAUCUACUCUUGAGAAACUCUAAUUGCAGUUAGUGUUCUUAUUGAAUGAUGAAAUUCAAGUCAGCAGAGUGAAAAGGUCAUUUAGGUGCAGCAAUAUGGAGGACGGAACCUGCCAAAAUUUCAAAUAAAAGAAUAAAUAAAUGACUCAAUAAAUAAAUAAAUGUUGUUAAAUUUAGCAAAAAUAUUUAACUUGCUUUUUUGUAUUAAUUCCCUU